AUGGGGAGCAUAGAGAACAUCAAGGCUUUGGAUGGGAAGCAAGAGGGUAUCUAUGAAAAUCCUGAAGGGAUCCUCGACUUCCUCCGCAAGCGAGGAAAGGGGAAGGACGUUCUGCUAGACGAAGUCCCUCUCACUCUGGGGUUCCAUGGCCACAUGGACGAUAAAAAACUUUCCGAGCAGUGGACGGAGAUAUGCAAUCCUGAGAAGAGUGCAAAGUCUCUCACAAUCGCGUUCCGUCCGAACGACGCGACCUACACGAGAGACAUCAAUCUCGAAACAAUGAAGAUCGGAGGGGCUAGCAUGAACACCUUAAAUGUUGUAAAGAGAAACACGAUUUUUAUUUCGGAAUUAUUUCUAGCCCUCGCAGAUUAUUCACGUCGGAUAUUUGUGAGCAAAGAACCUACCUUGCGAGAUAUGGAAUUCUGUCAAUCCAACAAAGAGUUCGUACCAACAUUGUUCCCCAUUCCUUCCUGUCCCACCAUACACAAUUCAUGCAAGAAUAUAUCAGCGUGCGAAGCAGUGAGAGCCUCUGUGGCAAUACUAAUGAUUCGUGAAUCCUCUGGAAACGAAAAGCCUUUGUAUGCGGUCGUAGACUCGGAGGAACGACGCAAUCGGCUGGUAAAUACCCUCGCGCAUGUGUUCAACACUGAAGUUACCUGGAUGGAUUCAAGCGAAAUAUUCCAUGGACCCCCUAACUCUUCUAUCAUAGUAUUUACUGAUGCCCAGAUUCUGGGAUGCCAUGAAGACUGUGAGUUCGUUAUCAUGGAUCUAGCCGACUGCAAAUGGAGAAAUUAUAUCCGCAUAGUGUCCUCGUGUUUCGAUAAUGUGACAAUCGUUAUGGAGCAGGAAGCUCUGCGAACGGGGAAAUAUCAAUAUUUACAAAUUAAGAUGAGCAUGCCAGCGUUUAAGGAAAACUCUGAGAUUGACCAAGAAGUGUUCCUGAAAGCUCUCAAUGGGAAAAUGGAGAAAGCUUGGAAACUGAGUGCAGGAGAGAUAGCUCAUUUGGACGAGAAGAGAUAUUCUUCCAAAAUGAUUAUUUCCAUGAAUAAUACAACGCAAUCCUCCUCUCCUAUUAAAUGGAAAAAGUCAAAACUAAAAGUCAUUUUCGGACCUCCAUCUUCAGGAAAGAGCAUGUCAUUGUUUGACAGUAUCCAGAAGCUUGCUAAAAAAAACUCCGGCGGAGAAAUGGACCAAAUUCUCCUGCUCCAUAUGGGAGGACCACUCAGCUGGAAAGUUUCCUUGGAUUAUCUGCGUCCAAAUGCACAUAAGCUACAUGUGCUUCGGUCGGAGCCAUGUGCUCCCAAAGAUCUCAUCGACGAUCAUCAAUUGGAGGUUAUUCGGUGGAAAUACCCCGAUUCGAAUAUCCACAUCCAUGUUGACGAUUAUCUCGUCCAGGCCCAGAGUACUAAGGAGGAAAUUCAAAACUGGACUAAAGUAGUCGAUGCAUUAAAAGAAAACGAACAAAAUAUGACACUAACGGUUGUAUUCCAGUCACAUUCAAUAUGUGGUCGAGUGAUCUCUAUGAAGGAACUGUCAUCGUCUUUCAAAGUCGCUGGGGCGCAAGUGAUCAUUACCUCUGCAUAUGAAACCCUUUGCUGCCAAACUAGUGGCUGGCUUCUCAAUCACAUUCGCGAGAAUGAGACCCAAACGCACUUGAGACUUGAGGCAAAGAGCCUUCCAACAGCGUCCCGCCCAGGUGCCAUCGUCCAUGGCCUUAAACCCAAGUACAUCACCAUGAACUAUCACUGUGGGGACCAUCAUCUGAGUUAUAGUUGCAAAGGACAAAAUCAUUGCAUGAGUUAUGUUGGAGCGUUUCUCUGCUUCCGUUUCGCUCUGACACAAGCCAUCAAUGAAAAGCUGUCACUAGUUCCCGUUUUGAUCUCGGACGGAGAGUUAAUGUCUGCUUUGGAAGCAUUCAGUGGAAAUCAUGUCGCAAAGCUGCAAUUUCUGCAUCCAAAAGACUUUCGAGGAUGCGAAGCGAAAGCUUGCAUUUCAGUGAAUGUUGAGGAUUCCUGGCUCCUGGAAAGCGUAUCCAGAGCCCGGACGGAUCUUUACAUCAUUGAUUGUCUGCAAGAUCAUCAACACGUUUGGCAAACUAUGCUCGAAGAAGGACGAUUGGAAGAGAUUGUAAUUCCUGAAGAUUACACUGGCCUAGACGAACCAACCCUCAUGAGACUGAAUAGCAUCGGCAACUUCCUACGUUUGGAUGUCUACAAGAUGACUUCUAUUCCCCGGGGGCAGGCACUUGUCAUGAACAUUGAUACAUUUGAACACGGACAUAACAUGAAAGGCUCAGACGUUGAUAAGACCGAGAUCGAGACUCUACUCCGCGAUAAACUGCAUUUCGAAGUCACAGUUGAAGAAAAUCUACGGUUCCGAAUGUCUGAAGAACGAAUAGAGAAAGUACCCUUACCUCGCCAACUUGCUUCAAGAGAAGAUGCUGAAGCAUUUAGCAAUGAACGUUCUGAUCGUUAG